UUCAAUAGUCCAUGAGCUAGAAAUAUAGCUUGAGAGAGAGCAGAGCGAGGCGAAGGUGAGGUCUCUCUCAGUCUCUCUGGUGCUCUGUUGUAGAAAGCCUGCCACAAGGCUCAUCAAGCUCCACAGCCAUUCCGGCCAUCGUCGUCCCCGCUCUCUAGGGCUAGGGCGAGUCAGAUCAUCCAUGGCUGACAAGGCUGCUCCGCUUCCGCUGACCGCCGUGUCCGUGGAGAAGGAGGAGGAGGAGGAGCAGCAGAUCAAGAAGAAGCAUGUGCUCGCGGAUCCUCCGCCGUUCCUCCCCGCCGGUGUCCGACAUGUCAUCAUCUGGGCGCUUUUCAACGCCGGCUGCUUCGCCUUCUCCAUCGCCUACGUCCUCGUCGUCACCAGCAUCAGCCAGCUGCCGUCGUGGCUGCUGCCGCCGCGCACCGGCCCCGAGCCCGAGGAGAUGACGGACGGCGCGGUCGACGCCGCCGUCGUGGCCUGGGUGCUGUGGUGCGUGUGCGUCGUGUCCCAGGCGGCCGCCGGGGCGCUGGCGGCGCUGCUGGAGCUUCCACGGCACCGGCGACUUGUCCUUGCCUACGCGGCGCUCGUGGCCACCGCCGCCGGCCACUGCUUGUGGGCUGGACUGCACUUCUUGUUCGUCGUCGCCGGCAACCCGGGAGGGCUCAGCUUCUGGACCGGCGUCAACACCGCGGCCAUCUUCAUCUCCGGGGUGGUCGACAUCAUCUGCUUCCGAGGCCUCAUCCUCGGUGGAGGGGAGGAGAAGGAGUAGGGGCGGCGAUGGUAACGAUACGCCGAGCUAUAUAUCUACUGUGACAUCCAUGCACACUGCAUGAACACGUACGUGUGUGCAUCCAUCUGGUAUUAGUACGGUUAUUAAUAAUUCGGUCAUCACCAAGCACUCGAUCGAGACUCGAUCUUUGCAUCAGUUGCAUGCCUUUCUUAAUUAUCUAUCUGUACGUGUGUGUACUGGAUGAUAUCUGGAUUAUGCAUGGUGAGGUACUGCUGACUCUCUCUGUCAGAUACUACUAUGUGUGUAAGGCUCUGUUUGGUUUCACGAGUUAAAGUUUACCGCCAGUCA